GUAGGACUGGCCCAAAAACCGGGACCUAGGAGAACCUCUCCCAUUCGGUACUUCCGCUUCCUUCAAGUGAGGACUCCAGGCCUCCCUCCCGGUUUCCUCACCCCGGUGGCAGCGGCGGCCCCCGCGAUGUUUGGUCUUAAAAGAAACGCGGUAAUCGGCCUGAACCUCUACUGCGGCGGAGCCGGGCUGGGCGCCGGCAGCGGCGGCGCCACCUCCCCGGGAGGGCGGCUUCUGGCGACCGAGAAGGAGGCCGCGGCCCGGCGGGAGGCGGGGGGAGGGGAGGCGGGCGGGAGUCCCGCGGCCGCCCCGACGCAGGACGCCCGGAGGGGCGCGCGGCCGGCGCCCAUUGGCGCCGAGCUCCCCGACGUCAGCGCGACCCCCGGCAGGCGGCUGUUCUUCGCGCCCACCCUCUGCGCCAGGCGGCCUCAGGACAUGGCAGCCCCGGCCGCUGGCGCCAUCAUGUCGCCCGAGGAGGAGCUGGACGGCUACGAGCCGGAGCCUCUCGGGAAGCGGCCGGCCGUGCUGCCCCUGCUGGAGCUGGUCGGGGAGGCCGGGAAGAGCCCCAGCGCCGACGGCUCGCUGCCCUCGACGCCGCCUCCGGCGGAGGAGGAGGAGGACGAGCUGUACCGGCAGUCGCUGGAGAUCAUCUCGCGGUACCUGCGGGAACAGGCCACCGGCGCCAAGGACUCGAAGCCGCUGGGCGGGCCCGGGGCCGGGGCGGGCAGCAGGAAGGCGCUGGAGACGCUGCGGCGGGUCGGGGACGGUGUGCAGCGCAACCACGAGACUGCCUUCCAAGGAAUGCUUCGAAAACUGGACAUCAAAAACGAAGACGAUGUCAAAUCCUUGUCACGAGUGAUGGUCCAUGUUUUCAGUGAUGGCGUAACAAACUGGGGCAGGAUUGUGACUCUCAUUUCUUUUGGUGCCUUUGUGGCCAAACACUUGAAGAACAUAAACCAAGAAAGCUGCAUCGAACCAUUAGCAGAAAGUAUCACAGAAGUUCUCGUACAAACAAAAAGGGACUGGCUAAUCAAACAAAGAGGCUGGGAUGGGUUUGUGGAGUUCUUCCACGUAGAGGAUCUAGAAGGCGGCAUCAGAAAUGUGCUGCUGGCUUUUGCAGGUGUUGCUGGAGUAGGAGCUGGUUUGGCAUAUCUAAUAAGAUAGCCUUGUAAGUGCAAUAGUUGACUGUUAAACAACCCCAGGCACCAAAACAAUACACUUCUGUGAAAUCAAAGUAUUUAUGAGUCUGGGCUUGAAGCUGUCCAAGCAGCAACUUCAAAGAGGCCAGAAAGCAAGAAAAUUAUGGCUACCAGUAAUGGGAAAAGUAGUCCCCUUCAAGAGUCACAGUCUGAAAGAAGCAAAGUGCAGUUUCAGCAACAAGCAAACUGCAAGACCCUGAAAGACGUCAGAUUUAGUGAAGAUGAUAGGGUGGAAGGACUUGAUUUCUUUUUGUAGAACCAGAGGAGUGGCCAGUAGCCAGCUAGUCAUAGAAGUCAUUAAAUAUGCCCACCAAAUCAUCGAUUGUCUAGUGUUAAAAGAGAAGCACUAACAGUGGUAGUGACGUGUGUGAAAUGGAUUUAAGCUACAAGGAACUGAACUCUGACCACAGGCCUCAGUACUGUAGAACAGCGUAUGAAGGGUAGCUUUCCCUCUAGAAUUCACUUUUCCCCAGUGUAUUUCUUGAAUAGACCAACAAUAGUUAGAAAUACGGACUAGUCUCAAUUUUUAAAACAAAAGCAACUGUAUUUGUCUGUAAAAAUUGUAUGUAUUUUUACAGAAGGUGUUCCUUUGGACAUAAAGUAUAUCUCAAAUUUGCAGUAGUUUUUUUCAUACCCUUUCAAACUUUGCAACUUCUGUAGUUAGGAAUCUAUUUCUUUCUUUCUUUCUUUUUUCUGCCAGGGAUAGAACUCAGUUUCUUGCACUUGCACAGCAGGCUGUGAAACCACUGAGCUAAAUCCCCGGCCCUAGCAAUCUAUUUCUUAGAGGUUUCUAUUCAGAACUUUGUCCUGGUCAGUUCUAGAGUGUAUGCAGAACUAACUAAUGUUACUUGUAUGCAACCUGGUUGUGCUGGAGCAAAUCUGAUUCAUAGCUAUGCAGGGCUUAAUUUUUAUGUCUGAUUUUGGUAAAUAUUCCUUAAAUAGGUUUUAGGAGUGGGUGGGCUGAUGUCGUAAAAAUAGUGGACUCUGAUUAGACAACUUGCUUUGAGUUCUUAAAUUUGACCUAAUUUAACUGGUGCAACUUAAAACUGAGUUCAUGAGCUCAUCUUUAAAGCUUUCACUGAAAAAUUUUCAGCUGUUCCAAGUGAGCAUUGUGUGUGAGAGACAUUUGAUUCCUUGUUUACUUAAUUUGUAAAAUGAUGGCUUGCAAAAGCAGGCCAGAAUCUAAUGGUGCUAAUACUGGGCUUGCUUGUUAAACACAGGUUUAAGCCUCCUAUGUAAAUAAAAGAAAUACUUCACAGUUUCUUUUCCAUCAGUGAUUCCCAAGCUUUGUUUUGAAUUUUUGCAUUGGCAUAUCUGGUCUCAGACCUGAUCUACUGAAUUUACUGUAUUUCCUGUCUUUGAAAUAUGUGCUGCUAGUCCUGCUCCCUGUACAGAUAUUUACAUCUAUUUCUACAUCAUUACCCUGCCAUCUUUGAACUUACUUGCCCUUUUAGUUUUCAGCACUAUGAAGCCCUGUUGGGAGCCUAAUUAACCCACCCACCCCCAGCUCACAGACCUUCGCCUAUCAUGGACUUUAUCCCUUGGGAGGUAGGAGCACCCUGGGUGUUGUGACAGUAACAGUCAUAGGCGUGGGAGGGAUACCUGUUCUUGAUAUCCUUGCAGUUGUUUCGACCUGUUUUUGGGAGGAAGGUUUUGAAAAUCCUCUUGGGAAUUUUCAGAAGCUAUAACAUUUAUUUCUUUAAAAUAUUUGCAUUUGAAUAUGCUCAUUGAAAUUUUAGAAGGAGGGGCCUGUGUCAAACCCCAGAGUUACAUAAGAGCUGCUGGUAAACUGAAGAAAGCUUCUGGUGCAGCUAGAGUUAUUUGAAAGCUUCAGUCUCAGCGCGACCUUCAGUCUGCACUCCAGAUAAAAAUAGGGGUGAAUAAAAUGACGGAGAAUGUAAGAAGGAUUGCCCUGCCUGUCCUCCUUGGAGCCAUAAAGUCAUCUUGCUAGAGCUAUUUUUACCUAUGUAUUUAUCGUUCUUGAUCACAAACCACUUAUUUAUAUCUGUCUCUCUCAACCUAAAAGCACUUUAUGUAGUUUUUAAUUAAUCUUACGAUCUGAUUAAGGUGACUGAAAAACUUCUCUUCCCAUAUCCAGUUGUGAAGACAAGUGGAAAGGUGUAAAUGGUGUACAGGAGCCUCACUUCCCAGUUGAUGGUGUCAAGGCUGAAAUACAGGAGGGAUCUCGGUGCUUUGGGUCCAGGGCAUUGAGCCUUACCGAGCCCGUGUGAUUGGGGAAAGGGAUGUGUGGGGGAAGGUUGGAGGAACUGUAGUUGAUUUAUAGGAAGAAGAGGCACGUGGUCUUACAAAGUGCUAACUGGCUGCAUAGUUCAGGCAAAAUCAUUCAAGAGGGAAAGGGAGGGGCUGCUUGGAUAGCUCUCAGUGACUUCUAUUUGUCUUACGCUUCUCUCAGGGAAAAAACACGCAGUCCUCUAGAGUUGGUGGUAUACCUUCUGUUGGGGGAGGGUGGGCACCUCUUUCUGGUUAAACAGCUGUUUUUGACACUGUGCCAGGAAGGAUUAGGACCAACUACAGAUUAAUGAGCUGUAAAAUGUGUCUUUCCCUAACUUCCUGUUCUUCCUGAGAAAAAAAAAUAAAUCUUUGCAAAUGAA